GUUUGCUCGCCUCCCUUUAGACAACAUGGCGAGCUGAACACACCGCACCUGUGCUUUUCACAGCUCUGGAACCUGUUUUACUUGUAUCUUAGUCUAAUGUACAGUGUUUAAUGAAGUAUCAAACCGAUUAGAUUAGAUUUCCGGUGUGUAUUUGGAGUUUGGACCGGUGUAUCGAUGAAACCUUUAGCAGAACCAUGUAACGAGCAUCAAAAGAAAAGCCCUGGGGAGAUGAUGGCGAGUGAAGCAGUACCUGCUGGAAACACAGGAGAGGGCCAACCCCAGAUGAAUGGCUUCUCUGUACCUCAUGGUGUGAGCAAUCCUGUUUCACAGUUACCGCCUGUGUCUAGCUCGUCCUCGCCGAUCCAUGAACCACCAGUCAGCCUUCCCAGAGGGCAGUGGGGUGGCAAAUAUGAGUUUCUUCUCUCCUGUGUCGGCUACUGUGUUGGCCUGGGCAACGUCUGGAGAUUCCCGUACCUUUGCUACCGGAACGGUGGAGGUGUGUUUCUUAUCCCUUACUUCAUCAUGCUCUUCUUCACGGGCAUGCCCCUGUUUCUCAUGGAGCUUAGCCUGGGUCAGUACGGAGCCGCAGGCCCCAUCACCGUCUGGAAGUGCUGCCCGUUGCUCAAAGGGAUCGGUAUCGGGAUGCUGUGUGUGUCCACAUUAGUGAGUCUUUACUACAAUGUCAUCAUCGCUUGGACGUUUUAUUACCUGGGAAGUUCUUUCCAGAGCCCGCUGCCAUGGUCCUGUGAUGCUAUUGCUAAUGCUGCACUGUGUACGAACAACACCAAUGUCACACAUUCCCUUAGUGCAUCGGAGGUCUUCUGGAAUGAACGUGUCCUGGGUGUGGUCAACAGUCAGGGCCUGGAUGACCCCGGUCCAGUGAGAUGGCAACUUGCUCUGUGUUUGCUGGCUGCCUGGGUCAUCAUUUUCCUCUGCAUUCUGAAGGGCAUUCACAGCUCUGGCAAGGUGGUGUAUGUGACGGCCACGUUCCCCUACUUUGUGCUAAUCGUUCUGAUCAUCAGAGGAGCCACUUUAGAGGGCUCACUCCAAGGUGUAGCCUUUUAUCUCACUCCAGUCUGGGAGCGGCUGGCUAACGCACAGGUGUGGAAUGAUGCAGCCUCACAGAUCUUCUACUCAUUAGGCAUUGGAGUAGGAGGCCUUCUUUCUAUGGCUUCCUACAAUAGAUUUGACAAUAAUGUCAUCAGGGACGCUCUGGUCAUCACCAUAGGUAACUGUGCCACCAGCUUCUUUGCAGGUUUUGCUAUCUUUUCCAUCCUGGGUCACAUGGCCUGGAGAAAGGGCGUACCUGUGGAACAGGUUGCAGAUACAGGUCCAGGCUUGGCGUUUGUAGCUUAUCCAGAAGCCCUGGCUCUUCUGCCUGGUUCCGUUUUCUGGGCCAUUCUGUUUUUCCUCAUGCUCUUUAUGCUUGGAGUGGACACACUGUUUGGGAAUAUGGAAGGCAUUACCACAGCAGUGCUGGAUGAGUUUCCUCAGCUCAGAACCAAUAUGAAGCAGAAGACCAUUUUCUUGGCCCUGCUCUGCUUCAGCUUCUACCUGAUGGGCCUGUUACUGGUCACUAAUGGAGGGAUUUACUGGUUCACCCUCAUAGACUCAUUCAGCACCAGUUUUGGUCUCAUCAUCAUCACUCUGUUCAUGUGUCUGGGCAUAUCAUUCUUCUACGGUGUGAACCAGUUCUGCCAGGACAUAGUGGAUAUGAUCUGUCCCUGCCCUUCCUGGUGCACCAAACUGCUGCUGUACUUCAAAGCAUGCUGGGUAUUCUGUACGCCCUUCCUGUUACUGUUUAUCCUGACUUACAUCUUCAUUGAGAUGUACAGGACAUCCCUGCAUUACGGCUCGUAUCAGUACCCUAUGUGGGGCAAAGGGCUGGGGGUGUGUAUGGGCGUCAUCUGCUGCUUGCAGAUCCCUAUCUGGGCCAUUGUGGCUGUCUGGAAGGAGUCUGGGACCAUGACGGACCGCUUCCAGAAAGCCAUCCGGCCGCUGAACUCCUGGCGAGACAACAACCAAAGCAAUGGCACUCAGGAGCAGAGCGCAGAACCUGAGAGAGUGGAAGGACCCUACACCGUCAACCUGACCGAUAUGGACUUCACUGCGAUGGCCUGGGAGUCGAGUGAAGCGUAACACUGCAUCAGCACCAAUUAAAGGAGAUGAAUAUCGAAGCCUUAUUUAUGGACACGAGAGGAAGCGUACGCUGUGUGGGGACGAAAAAUACAUACUCGAUAUAAAAUGCGCUACGUUGUCUAGUGCAUUGACAGUGCCUGUUUCCUUAAAGGAACUCAACGAAACUGGAAAUAAGUUUCAUUUUCGGUGACAGUUUCCCAAAAUACACAGUCACUGGCCAGAAAGAAGUAAGCUCUUCCCCAAUGGGGAUUUUUUUAUAACGACAAAUGAUGCAGCUUCAUUUUCCUCCAACACAUCGACAGGUUGUUUUUUUUUUUAAAUUAUCAUUUUAUUAAGCUAUUGUAUGGAGUAAUAUGUUACUGGGGUGCGCAUCGUAGAGGCCCGUCAUUGAGAAUCGUGUUUAAAUCCCACCACUAGGUCUGGAGUUCAGAGGAGCAGAAUUGACCCUGCUGUCUGGGAGGGGUCGAGGGUUUUACCCUAUGUUCACACUAGCUUGUGCUGCUUGUUGCGACUGCCUUUGGACCUGCACUGUCCAGAGUUUUGUUUUUGUUCCGAUGAGAAACAGAAAUAGCCAAAAUACAUAACUGACAGUCGUCACGUUUGCUUUUGAUGGAUGUUACAUGCUACGCUUUUUACUAGCUAGCUAACUGUAGUAGCUUCUACAACUCACCAAGCUUUCUCUUCCUAAAAUCUCUGUACACAUUUAAAGGAUAUGGGACAUGAAACAUAAAUGCACGCUAUAUCAGUUUCUUUCCAUUAAAAAUAUGAAUUAAUUGCAUCAACAAAUACAAAAUCAUCUAUUAAAUUCAGCAAAAUCGUUAUAUUCGUGAUGAUUAUAUGGCAUUUCUGCUCGAGCUCCGAUAUGCAUUUUCUACAACCGGAAGAGCCGCUGUCACGUGAUCAUACGUCACAAAAACUUUCGGGCACAGCACAAGCGGGUAGAUGAAUGGAGAAAUGAAUGACAAGAAAAUUGUUUUUAAAGUCUUUAACGUACAUUGAACAUCAUGGUGUAUUGUGCUGCUUAUGGUUGCAAUAAUUCCAAUGGGAAAUGCCCUGGAGUAAGUUUUUUUGCAUUCCCCAAGGACCCGAAGCUGAGGAAAGUGUGGGCUCACUACUGCUGUAGAAAAAACUUUGCACCUACUGUUUCCCACAAACUGUGUUCGGACCAUUUCACUGAGGAUUCUUUCAACAUUAAUACUCAGGUACUGAGCGAUUUAUUAAUUGCCAAGCCAAAUUUAAGAGGCCGUAUAGCCGGGUUCAUGGAGGCAGUGAUGGCGCCAUAAUAUACAGGGCCUAACAUUCCUACAACUGUAGAGACAGUCAAGAAAUCCUGUAACAUUAAUGGACAUUUAAAUAGGAACAGUCCACCGUACUUCCAUAAUGAAAUAUGUUCUUCUCUGAAUUGAGACGAGCUGCUCCGUACCUCUCCGAGCUUUGCGCGACCUCCCAGUCAGUCAGACGCGCUGUCACUCCUGUUAGCAAUGUAGCUAGGCUCAGCAUGGCCAAUGGUAUUUUUUGGGGCUGUAGUUAGAUGCGACCAAACUCUUCUGCGUUUUUCCUGUUUACAUAGGUUUAUAUGACCAGUGGCAUGAAACAAGUUCAGUUACACAAAUUGAAACGUAGCGAUUUUCUAUGCUAUGGAAAGUCCGCACUAUAAUGACAGGCGUACUAACACCUUCUGCGCGCUUCGACAGCGCAUUCACUCGGAGUUGUACCGUUAUUUUUUAGACAGGGCGGACGGACCAGGGCAUUCGCCCGCCUGGCCGUGCCCGACGAGGAGCGCUCUCGGCCGGCUUGGGAGGCAGACGGCAGCCCCUCCUGGAAAUGUGGUUUUACCAUGGGCCUCAUGCGGAAAAAUGCCGAGGUGCAUUCGCUAAGCGACUGAAAGCCGAGAUAAGGAUUAGUAUUAUAAUUUUGGGUGUAUCAAUUAUUGAUUAUUAUAAUUCUGACUCGUUUCGCCAUUUUGAAUGUUUUCAUCUCGGACUCUGGAAGCAUUGUAUCUCAAUCAAUCUCGAAAAAUAUCAGCAAAAAAAAAAAAAACUAGCUUGCAACGGACUUUAGCUAGAUCUAUGAUGAACUUUCAAUGUAUGAUACAAAAAUAAUACUUCUUUCAACAGAUCAUUAGCCUUUGAGCAGAAUUGUUUUUAACUUACCAGGAUGUGUUAUCGAGCCGACCGCUUUCAGUUUCAUGGGGACUGAAUGAACUCUCACUCUCAGAAUCAUCUGACCCGUCAGAGUAAAGACAAGAUCCAUGUUCAUGUGAAUUUCCAGCUAUCGGUUCGAAUUGAUCGGGUCUAACUUCACAUCUCUGUGAAACAUCGGGAAUGUCACUGUCGAUGGUGUCCAUUUCGGUAACCUGUUUACAUUAGAUUCCCAAGCGCUGGCUCCUUGGAAAGUUUUUGUGACGUCACGGGUCACGUGACCACCUAGCUCAUUAACGAAUCAUUGUUUUACGCUGAUGUAUAAAAAAGUUGAAUAAUGUGAUGAUUUUCACAUUUUUGACGCCCUGCAGUGAUUUAGAUGGCAUUUCUUAUGUCCUUUAUACAUAAUUAUACCCAGAAAAAAAUCCAUGUCCCAUGUUCUUUAAUGAGUGUGUGUACAUGAUAGGAUAAGAUUAAAUCAUUAUGCAUUAUUGCAUGUCAGUAAUGAGAAUUAAUUGCAGAUACGAAUUCAUGUUCUGAGUCUGGAAUUGAAGAAAUGUCAGAUGGUGGACUUUGUGCACCACUGGCUUGGUCCAAGGAAUCUGUCAACAGCUUUUUUUUUUAGAAUUGUCGCUUCAUUUUGUCUAACCUAACUUGUGUAGAAUUUAAUUGUCUUACUGUCUUGUCGUAGUUGUCUCGUAGUCGCUUUGUUGUUUGCCACUAUAGCUGGAAUUGCGUCUCAACGUCACACACCUACAUAGAAAAAAUGGUCGCUUUGCUACUUUAACGUGAACAUAGGGUUAUUUCCCUUUUCCUCUGUAAAGCAGAGCAACACUAAUUAACCACGAGCUACGGUCUGUACAUGUUUACGGUGUGUGUUCAGCUGCCCUGUGAUGAUAUGACUGUGAGAAAUGAAAACGCACAAAAGAAGCACGGGUUAAUCUUUGCAGACUGUUCGCCAUCAUGCAGUAGGUUCAGACCCUGAUAACGUGGUGGGAAAUCGCAACAAUGGAGAAAACGAAUCAUUAAUUCAUAAGGAAAUAAAUAUUACUUAAAGACAAGUAAGAUUGGCGAUGUCAUACAGGAAAACAUCAGUAUUCAUCACUGAAAUAGCAUUACAGCUUCAUCAAUAUCUCAAAUUGACCUAAAGAAUAAAAAUGUAUAAAAGGGAAAAACAAACUUGAAGAGUAUUUUAAAUCAAACUCAUGAGAAAUUUAGAGAUUGGAGCGGAUAUUUUUUACAUUAUCCAACUAAUAUAUAUAAUAAAAGUAUGCCUUUUGUGAUGUUUUUGACAUUGACCGUGUAAUGUCUGUUAAUUCU